AACGUGUCUUUCGGUGACCCGGAAAAGCAAGAGAGGCUGAGCAUAGGCGGUGUCCAACAGCCGAGAAAAACGAAACUUCGGUUUUAAAAAAAAAUGUCGCUCUCCUGCGCAUACUUCGCCUGCCUCUUACUGUUUCUGCCGUUUACACAAGAAGAUUUGACCAUUACAGUCCCCAAAGGCCCAAUUCAAGCCAAACCAGGUUCUGAUGUCCUGCUGCCUUGUUAUUUUGAGGACUCUUCUGGGCCCAUAGAGCCCAACCGCCUGGGAGUGAUAUGGCGUAUGGCUUCAAGAGAUAUUGCUAAGUAUGAAGAUAAGUUAGAAGUCUUUCUCCCAGGGGCAAAGAUGUCUUCUGAAGAACUGCUACGGGGCAACGCCAGCAUUCUGCUUCCAAACGUGCAGGAUGCAGAUGGCAACACUUACACUUGCUCUGUUAUCCAUAUCCCUGACAAAGAAGAGAAGUCAAUAGAGUUGAGAGUGGAAGCUCCCCCACUUGUUAAACUUGGCUCCACAAAAGUGCAGUUGACCAAGCCAAGCACAGUUGCGUGUACAGCAACAGAUUUCUAUCCUGGCAAUAUAUCCAUGACGUGGUUCCGAAAUGAUAGGAUUGUGCAAGGCCCCGAACGGCUUCCUACUCAGCCCGGCACUGGCCAGUUGUUCAGAGCAGAAAGUCUCUUGAAGCUCAUACCAGAAUUUUUGGAUGCCGAUGCCAGCUUCUCUUGCCAUAUCAAUCACCAAGCAUUCAAAGGGCCAGAGGUACUAGAAUUCCAGCUGCACUUGCAAGCUCGGCCCAUCCUUCAGCUGAUCACAAGGCCACAAGGGGAGAAAUUUGUAGUAGCUGUGUGUAACGUGAGCAGUUUUUAUCCCUCUCAAAUCAACAUUCAGUGGUUACAAAAUGGCGUGCCACAAAAGCAAGUAAAGUCAGAGGUGCACCGCAUGCACAAUGGGAUGUUUUCCAUCAACAGUGUCUUCUUCCCACAGAAAAGUGAUGUUGAAAUCACUUAUAUUUGUCGAGCAGAACAUGAAGCUUUGGAAACCCCAUUGGAACAGUCUGUCCUUUGGCAGCCAGAAGUUACUCCUACAAUUCCAUCACCUCCAGUGAUUUCUUGGAUGUUGUGUUUGGUUAUUGGACUUCUGUCUGGAUUAAUACUAGGAGCUGGAAUAGGAUACUGUUUAUAUAAAGCCAAGAGAAACUCAGUUACAGGAACAUCCAAUGAGCAAAGGCCUCUUCGAAAAAUAGAUGAAGAGAAGUUUUGUUUUAUAGAACCCAGCAGGAUAUGCUUAAGACACGUAUCAGCAAAUAAGAUUGUCAACAGUUUGAAGUCUACCAGUGAUGAUAUGUAAAAAGUAUGCUCAGACUGGUGCAUUUCUAAAGGUAUUGGCCCCUUUUUAUUUCUUAUUUUUUAUCAUUUUCUAUAGUUUUUCCUUUUUUUUGUCUCAGUCUGUGGAAGAGUUUUAUUACAUUGGAUGAGAUUACUGUUUCGCCACAGGAGAGAGCAGCUAAUAAAGAUAGGAUAUAUACACUUGCAUGAGUGUUCUUGGAAUCAAAAAUCUGAGCUGGUUACUGAAACAGGUUUUAUAACUGUAGCAGGAAACUUAUAUUACAGGGAUAGAUAACACCCAAGUCCUACUAGUAGGAGAAUCAAAGAAUGCACUACAGAUAGUCCCUGAGUUACAACAGUUCAUUUAGUGACCAUUCAAAGUUACAACGGCACUAAAAAAAGUAAAUUAUAACCAUUUUUCAUAGUUACAACCUUUCUAGCAUCCCCACGAUCAUGUGAUCAAAAUUCAGAUGCUUGUCAAUGGGUUCAUACUUAUGACCAUUACUGUGUCCCUGGGUCACAUGAUUCCCCCUUUGCAACCUUCUGACAGGCAAAGUCAAUGGGGAAACCCAAUUCCCUUAACAACUGUGUUGCUAACUUAUCAACUGCAGUGAUUCACUUAACAACUUUGGCAAGAAAGGCUGUAAAAUGGAGCAAAACUCAUUUAACAAAUGUUUCAUUUAACAAUAGAAAUUUGGGGCUCAAUUGUCAUCAUAAGUUGAGGACUACCUGUAUUCACAACAGUUGCAACAUCCUAGGGUCUUGGGGUCAACAGUUGUGAUUUUCCCAGGCAGCUUCCAGUAAGCAAAGUCAAUGGGGGAAGCUGGAUUCACUUAAUGAUCGUAUAAUUCACUUAACAACUGCAGUGAUUUGCUUAACCAUGACAGAAAAUGUUGUGAAGUUAGGCAGGGCUCACUUAAUAAUCACCUUGCUUAACAACAGAAAUUCUACUCUUAUUGGUGGCUGUACAUCAAAGACUAUCUGUUAUGGGCAAUUUGAAGCUGUAUGGAAAAGCACCAUUUCAAAUAGAAUCACUGCUCAAUCACUGUCUGUUUAUACAGCCAAGAUACUGCAACAGAGUUUGGACUGGACAAAUGUGUCAUGGUCACUAUCAAAUGAGAGAGGAAAAAAAUGAAAACUCAAAAUUCCCUAUGAAAAUAAUACCAAAAGUCUGAAGGAAGACAAUUGCUACAAAUAUCCUUCAAAGCAGACUGAACUCAAGAAAAAGGCUAAGAAGAGAAUACAUCAAGAGAGUGAAUAUUUUAAAGUCCAAACUCAAUGGAGCAAAUACCAUCAAGGCUGGGUAAUUCCAGUUGUUAGAUACACAGCUGGGAUAGUAGAUGCAAGCAGAACUAAAAGCCCUGGAUAAGAAGACUAGAAAAAUAAUGAAUCAUGGCCUUCAUCUUAGCAGCGAUGUUGACAGAUUCUAUUUACCAAGGAAAAUAAGUAGAAGGGGAAUGUUGCAAGUAUGUCAGAAGGUUGAAUAUGAAAAAAGGGCAUUCACUAUCUGAAGAGCAGUGAAGAAGAUGCACAAAAGCUAAUAUAUCAGGAAGGGUUACUAAGUACUGGAGAGACCAAGCUGCCCUUUCAAGAAAGACUAAAUAAAGAACAGAAAAGAGACAUGAGAAGAUAAAGUAUUACAUAACCAGUACAUUUAAAAUAAAAAAUAGCGAACAAAGCAGAUAACAAGACUUGGCAAUGGCUAAGAGCAACAAACAAAGAACUUGGAUAAAAGAUAAGAAGCUGAACAAAAAAGUUAAAGAAACACUGGGCCACCUAAUUAGCUGCAAGCAACAGCAUGAAAGAGGAGCAAUAAUGGUGCAUUGGAAUAUCUGCAAGAAAAAACCUCUGCCUGCAAGCAAGAAGUGGUGGGACCAUAAAGUAGGGACAGUAAUAGAAAAUGAAGAAGUUAAAGUACUCUAGGACUUUAGAAUUCAAAUAGAAAGGCUCCUACUACAUAACAAACCAGACUUAGCAAUUGUGUAUAACAUAGACAAAAAAGUCUGGAUAGUAGCCAUGGCAGUACUGCAGACAGUAGGGUAGAAGAGGAAGAACUGAAAAGAUAACAAAAUACGAAGAUGAGGGUUGAAGGUUGAAUUGUCCAAGCUUGUGCAUUGGUUUCUUAAUGUUUUGUUACCAGGCUAGGUAACAUCUUCAGCAGAGUUUAGGGGAUAUGAGUGUCAGUGUUCUUCUGUUUAUAAUGGCUUCAAGUGUGAGUGUGUCAAGUGAGGGUCAGGUGAUGGGUCAGAUGUGAGUCAUCAGUGAGAGUCUUGUGAUAGGGAGGUUACAGCAGGUCAGGAUCAUUGGGAGGUGAACUGCUGGUGGGGGGGGGCUUGCGUGGGUUGGUUGAGAGUCGGUGCUGUCUAGUUGGCCAUGUGGUUGAUUUGGAUUCUGAAGGGUUCAUAGGCUGAUUGAACAUCCAUGUCUUUAAAGCGCUCCAUGGCAUAGGGCCGGGAUAUUUACGGGACCGCCUGCUGCUACCGAAUACCUCUCACCGACCCGUGCGCUCUCACAGAGAGGGGCUCCUCAGGGUGCCGUCGGCGCGACAGUGUCGUCUGGCGACGCCCAGGGGAAGGGCCUUCUCUGUGGGGGCUCCCGCCCUCUGGAACGAACUCCCCCCUGGACUUCGUCAACUUCCGGACCUCCGAACCUUUCGCCGCGAGCUUAAAACCUACUUAUUCAUCUGCGCUGGACUGGGUUAGUGUUUUAAUGGGUUUUAAUGGGUUUUUAGCUCCAAAUUUUAAUCCUGGCCAAUUUUAAUAAGUUUUUUAAUUGUAUUUUAAUUUGUAUUUAUUGUAUUGUAUUUUUACCUGGCUGUGAACCGCCCUGAGUCCUUCGGGAGAAGGGCGGUAUACAAAUUUAAAUAAUAAAUAAAAUAA